AUGGACGCCCAAAAUUCCAUUAGUCGGAUAAAUUGGUGGGCCACCCAGACAAUCCAAAACUUCCAGGAACAGGUUUCAUCUUCAUAUUCAAAUAGGGUCUUCCCAACCUUCCCUGCGCUUAGGCAUAACAGGACUGCUUCUGUUCUGGUUAAAUGGAGUCAUCCCACUCUGGGUUUAAUGAAACUAAAUGUCGACGGGUCCGCUAAGGGAAAUCCUGGUUUCUCAGGAGGAGGAGGAAUUUGUAGAAAGGAAGAUGGCUCAUUCAUCUUCGCUUUCUCUGCAGGUUAUGGGUAUGGUACUAAUAAUAGUGCAGAAUUACGUGCAAUCUAUGAUGGUUUAGAGUUAUGUCUUCUUAAAGGGAUCAACAGGAUAAUGGUAGAAUUGGAUUCAAAGCUGGUGAUUGCCAUUCUUGUAGGUGAAUCAAGAUGCCCGUGGCACUGGAAACCUUGGUUAGAUAGGAUCAACAACUUGAGGUUAUCCGGCACAUUCACAUUCCACCACAUUCUCUAUGAAGGAAAUGGUCCAGCAGAUAGCUUGGUGAAAGUGGGGAGCGAGACUCAGGUGAAAAAAUGUCAUGAUCAUUUUACCUCCCUUCCCAGACAAACAAAGGGCCUAGUUUUUCUUGACAAGGUUGGCCUUGGUUCGAUUUGA